CAACUCGCUCUGCGUCUCGGAUGUUAAAUUAAAUAAAAUAAUAAUAAAAAUACAGAAAAUUGUGUGUGUGUCGUGAUUUUAUUUUUUUGCAUGCGACAACUCUCUUUGUUGUGAUUUAUUUCAGCCUUCGUGAAAAAAUUGUCACCUGAGUAAUAAAAAAAAAUACGAAAAAAAUAAAAAUGAAGAAAUUUCUGUUAGGAGUUUGUGCAAUAUUGUUUGUUGGAUUAUGUCAUGCAAAAGGAACACACAAAGUUCAUUGCGAGCCGGAAUUGAUGCGAGUUGAGGUCACGUUGCCCGACAAAACUGCCAACACAGAAACCUACUUGGAUGGCAUGAAAGGUUACCCGAAUCCAAAGUGUCGUCCCAGCGUGGAAAAUGGUCUUGCCGAGUUCAAGCUUUCGUUGGCUGACAUCUACGAGUGUGGCGUGACGCGUGUUGUGAACAAAAUCACGGGCAAGAAAGUCUAUUACCAUAAAAUCAUCAUAGAAGGCGAUCCAAGUUAUGGCAAGGAGAUUAUCAGUGUCAAAUGUAUCAUCACAGGUCCGUAUAACGUCACCACGAAGCAUCAUGGCAUCGUUCGACGAGAUGUUUUGCCCAUCGGAUUCCAAGAACCAGAAGAUUUGGAAAUCGCAACUUCCAUUACUGAAAAAGCCCCUGAGCCUGUUCUUGGGGUUGGCGUACGUCAAAAUGGCAAUCUCGUAUCGGGCGAUUUGAAUGUUUCACCCGGAACUCCUUUGCAAAUGGAAAUUUUCUUGGAUAAAACGUCAGCGCCUGUUUAUGGAUUGGGAGUUACUUACAUGCAAGUCACGGAUACUUUGAGUCAGGAGGAAACUAUCAUCUUUAAUGGAUGUUCUGUUGACCCCUACCUCUUCGAAAACUUCAACACCGUCGAUGGAGAUUUCUUAACUGCCAAAUUCCGAGCUUUCAAAUUCCCUGAAUCGACUUACGUGCAAUUCCGUGGUACAGUGAACGUCUGUUUGGAUAAAUGUCAAGGCAUCCAAUGCAGCAACGGUCAAAUCGGAUAUGGGCGCAGAAGACGUGCCGUUAACCAAUCUCCCGCUGAUCCCAAUAAAAUUUUCGAAAUCUCGUUGGCUACAUUCAUCAAAGUCAAUUAUCAAGAGGGCACAGAUCAAAAAGCCGUCGCUGACAUUGAGAACAAAAUUAAGCAACUUAAGUUGACAAAUCAAAAAUUGGCGCGAAAUAGUCGUGCAGGCACCAUUUACGAAACGGUGAAGGAAGAGAAAACGAUAACGAAUGGCGACACGGCAAAGGUUGAGGAAACUGUCCUUUUUGCACGCGAAGUCGUCGAUAGCGCUGCCGCAUCCACGAGAUCGUUCGCAGGAAGCCUCGUAGCGCUGUUGUUUGUUGUGAUGAGUAGGAUAGCUUUUUACUAAAAAAAAAUUUUGCUUUUAUUGCUUCUACUUUGUGUCAACAACUAACCCCAAGAUCUCUCUUCUGUACUUAAAAUUCAAUACUCCUCUUGUGUAAAAAGUUCUUAUGACAUCGAAACUUUGGCUGGACCAUCUUUAAAGAAAAAAAAAUCAAAAUCAGUCUGAAUUGUCAUUAAAAAUUUCUCUCCCAAUUUAAUAUAAUAAUCACUAAAAUUACUAAAAAUAAUGAAGUUACUUAAA